AGAUAAACUUAAACAUUUUUUGACCGGGGCAUUAUAAAAAUUGGAGGUUGUCCGCACAGCCCCAAGAGCUGGAGCGUACUGCUCUGAUGGAGUGUAAUUCCUCUCUCUCUCUCUCUCUCUCUCUCACUCAUCAGAAUCAUGGUCUGAAGAUGAACAGCAAGAAGGCAGGGGAAGAGAUUCUUUCUGAGAUCUUCACAUGGCUGAUCGAAAACUUCUCUAAGCUCCAGACCGGCAAGCAUUACUCCGACGUCACCAUCGCUGGUUUCAAAUGGAGGCUGCUUAUAUGGCCAAAGGGCAACAAAGUAAAAUCCGAAAUGCAGUUCUCCAUGUAUUUGUGUGCUCCAAAUGCUUCAACUUUGGAACCUGGUUGGGCUAGAUCUGCCCAUUUCAGCUUGAGUGUAGUCAAUCAACUGGACAGCUCCAAGACAAUCACAAAGGCUACAAAGGGUUUAAAACAAGGGAUUUGGAGCGAGUUUCUAGAGAGUUUGAUCCAUGCCAAAAAGAACUUAAAUUUGAAGGUUGAUCAAGUCCAGGCACAGCCACAAGGUAAGAAUAUUCCAAAUCUAUGGUGUGUGCGCGUGCAUGUAUCAUAUAUAUUAGAGAAUUUGAUUCUUAUUAAAUUGUGCUUCAUUUGGUGUGUGACUGUUCAUGGAAAUUUUGUUCAAUACUAUUUGAUUUGAUAUAACCUUUUUCGAUUCAAAUUGAAGAAUCAGUUUGUCAGGAACAUAUACACAGUUCUGUUUAUCUAUUCCUAUCUGUAUAAAAGCUCAAUCUCAAAUACAGAUUUCUCUAGAGUUUGUAAAUUUUUUCAAUCUAUGUAUGGAGCAAGGAUUGUACCUA